GUCCCCAUUACCUUCGAUGAGGUGGCCGUGUAUUUCCUGGAGGAGGAAUGGCGCCAUCUAGAGGCGUGGCAGAGACAGCUAUACCAGGAGGUGAUGAGGGACAAUCUGGAGGCCGUAAUAUCGUUGGGAUACGAGUAUCGCCAUCCCCCUCCCUCACCGAGGGUCUUCACAGAAGAUGAUAAAUGGACAUUCCGACAUUCUGAAGACCCCUUGGAGGCAGAUGAAGAGAAGGAGCCACACAUCAAGGUUCAGAGAACGUUCCAGAAUCAUUCUCCCGGUUCUUCAGGACAUCUAACAAAUGGAGUCACCCAGCAUGAGGACCAGAAGCCUCCAUCUGCUAAGAAACCUCACCGGUGUUUGGAGUGUAAGAUGAUCUUCGGUAGCUGGUCCCAAUUUGCUGCACAUAGACGGACCCAUGACCAGGUGAAGGCCAAACAUGCCAAAACAAGACAAGCCCUAAAACCAGCAGAUUCCCAGAAGCGGGCUCGUGACCAGAGAAAAGUCCUGGGUCCAAGUGACACAGUAAAACCAGUUACCUCCCAGUCUGUUGCUCCUGACGGAAAGGUCUUCAAGUGCAAUAACUGCGACAAAACCUUUAUCAAUAGGUCGGUCCUCUCUCUGCACCAGAGGACGCACACUGGGGAGAAAAUCUUCAAGUGCCUUGAAUGUGGGAGGAGCUUCACUAAAAGGGCGCAGCUGGUGGUGCACAGAAAAUGCCACAUAGAAGACAGGCCAUACAAAUGUACGCUUUGCGAGAAAAGCUACAACCAACGCUCGAAGUUGGUGGAACACCACAGAACUCACACGGGAGAGAAACCAUUUCAGUGCUCAGUGUGUGGGAAAGGCUUCACCAAGAGGUCCCACCUUAAAGAACACCUGCGGAUCCAUAACGGCGAUAAACCCUAUAAAUGCGACCAGUGCGACAAGACUUUCCACUACCCAUCCAACCUGGUGGAGCACCAGAGGACUCAUUCUGGUGACAGACCAUUCCAGUGCACUGAGUGCGAUAAGAGCUUCAUUAAAAUGUCCAAACUUAUUGUCCACCUCCGGGUACACACCGGGGAACGACCCUACAAGUGUCCUGAGUGCGGUAAAAGCUUCAGCCAGCAGUCUAACCUGGUUGGCCACCAACGGACACAUACCAGACAAAAACCAUUCAGGUGUGACAUAUGCAAUAAGAGUUUUAGCCACCAUUAUGCUCUUGUGGUCCACCAAAGAUCCCACUCAGGGGAAAAACCCUACAGAUGUUCUUUAUGUGAGAAAGCCUUCAGCCAGAAUUCCAACCUUAAGCUUCAUAUGAAGGUUCAUGAGCCAGAAAGGGACCAAUACAAGCGCCUGAAGACCAGGCAUGAGCCACAACCUCCAGAUAUUUAUGAUGUACGCAUGAAGAACAAUCAUGAACCUCAACCAUCCAGUGACCUUGAUGUAUGCAAGAAGAACAAUCAUGACUCUUUAGGUGUUUAUAAUUCAUACAAAAAGACUUUUUCUGUGAAAGAACAUAAUAUCCUGGACAUAUGCAAAUCCCAACAUGACCCUGCAACCAAUGAAUGUCCUUUACUUGCGGAAGAGUAAAUUUCGAGAGCCUAAGCCAAAGAAAGGACCUGACAUUUGCAAGAAGCCCCAUAAUGAACCACCCGAGGUGAACACGCAUGGAACACAGAGGAAAACAACCAAUAUUUGUAGGAAAACUUGCCAUGAAUCCCAACCACCUAAUGACACAGACCUAUGCAAGAAGACUUCUCCUGAGCUCCAACCAAUGAACAGCCCUGAGGUAUACAAAAAGACCUAUCAAGCACCACAACAAAAGAACCAUCAUGAACUUUCCAGGAGGACAACCCAUAAAUCACAACCUGCUAAACUGCACUAAUUUAAAAGAGAAGACCUUCAAAAAAGAACACCUGGACCAUCAAGCUCCUGCUCUGAGGAUUCCACCAAAGGACCUGAGAGUGGAACGGAACCUAUACCGACUCGAACAGCAUAUACCGAGAAUGAUCCAGAUGUCACAGAGGACUUAGAAGAUGCGUAUCUUCCAUGGUCCCCCUUGAGUCAGUACCUGGCGGCUGUGUGGCCCCCAGAGAAGCAGUAUAGCUGCAGCGAGUGUGACAAAACUUUCUUGGAGAAAUCCAAGUUUGUCAUCCACCUUCGCACGCACACCGGGGAGCGCCCCUUCAAAUGCUCACAGUGCGGGAAGGCCUUCAUCCAAUGGUCCCGCCUGACGGAGCUCCGCAAAACCCACACCGACGAGAAGCCUUACGUGUGCGGCGAAUGCGGCAAAAGCUUCAUCAAACGCUCCAAGCUGACCAUCCACCAGAGAAUUCACAGCGGGGAACGCCCUUACGCCUGCCCCGAGUGUGGCAAACGGUUCAGCCAGCAGUGCAACAUGGCCGUCCACCAACGCAUCCACACCGGGGAAAUGCCCUUUAAAUGUACAGAGUGCAAUAGGUUGUUCAGGUACCAGACCGCGCUCAACAGACAUAGGCGGAGCCACGCAUCUGAGACGUAG